UGGAUUAUGAAACUGAACAUCAUGCUCUUCCUACAGACACCGUAGAACGAUGUCAUCCCAGUCUUAAAACACCUGCAAGAAAGGGGACAGUACUUUUCCAUUAAUAAAGCAAAUACUUCAUCCUGCUCUGAGAACCAACACAAUGGCUGUAUUCCCGAUAGUGUUGUUUCUGGCUGCUGUGCUGCUUCCAUCUUUACCCACAGAAGCAAAGGAUCCAUCCUUUACUGCCUUGUUAACCACUCAAACUCAAAUCCAAAAAGAGAUUGUAAAUAAACAUAAUGAAUUAAGGAAAUCAGUUUCUCCACCUGCCAGCAACAUGCUGAAGAUGGAAUGGAACAGAGAAACAGCAGCAAAUGCCCAAAAAUGGGCAAACAAGUGCACUUUAGAACACAGCAAUGCAGAAGACCGAAAAACCAGUACAAAAUGUGGUGAGAAUCUCUAUAUGUCAAGUGACCCUGCUUCCUGGUCAAAUGCGAUCCAAAACUGGUAUGAGGAACGCAAUAAUUUUGUCUAUGGUGUAGGACCUAAGAGUUCCAGUUCAGUUGUUGGACAUUACACCCAGCUUGUCUGGUACUCCUCUUUCCACGUUGGAUGUGGAAUUGCCUAUUGUCCCAAUCAAGAAAGUUUAAAAUACUACUAUGUUUGCCAAUAUUGUCCUGCCGGUAACAAUGUGAGUAAAAAGAAUACCCCUUACCAGCAAGGAACACCUUGUGCCAGUUGCCCUGGUAACUGUGAGGAUGGACUAUGCACCAAUAGUUGCGAGUAUGAAGAUCUCCUUAGUAACUGUGAUUCCUUGAAGACAACAGCCGGCUGUGGACAUGAAUUGCUUCAGGAAAAGUGCAAGGCUACUUGCCUGUGUGAAAACAAAAUUUACUGAGAUGCCCAGUGUGCAUUGCAAGACUAAGUGAAGAGGGCUGCAUCAUUUAGUUAAUACAUAUCGCAGGGGAUUUUAGGCAUGUUAGUUACAAAUAUGGUUCCACACAGUAGUGCAUUUGUUUCUCCUGGAUCUUUAUAGAAAUCUCUUUCAUACAGUGAUUUACAAAAGCAGCAUAGUCUAUGAUGACAACUUCGGACUUUGAUAGCAAUUUGGUACUUUAAACUUAAUGAAUUGAAUCAAGUUGAGAAUUUUGAAAGUUGUAUAAUCAUAGACUUUUGGUCACUGAAACGGGAUCAGAAUGGAGAAGUACAUUUCUUGAAACAUCAUGCAAAAAAAAAAAAAAAAAAACUAUAACAUCAUUGCCAUUCCUACUACAUGAAUUUUUACUUGAAUAAAGUUUAAAUUCAAAGAUUGACAUGUA